AUGACUUAUAGGCUUCCCGAGUGGAUGCUUAUUCUCGAUGGCAACAACACUCCUCCGAAUACAAUACUCGAAACACCUGAUGUUCAAGUCAUGAUGGCUGUGAGAGCUUGGUUCGCCGAUCUGACUCUUUGCGUAACUAUCGGAGCCGAAGAUGUUGCGCGUUCUCAGUUCUUUUGCCGAGCUGACUUUAAUAUUGGGUCCUCUUCUUAUAAAUUCGGAAACGGAAACGAGGAUCCCUCUUUCGAAGGCUUUUUAGGAGAGGCAGUGGUUGCAAGCCAAGCGGUGCUAGAGGAAUACUUCAAUGACCAAGAGAUGAUGGUUAUUCAUAGGGUUCACCUCGAAAUGGAAAAAGCUAAACUGGAUUUGGAGAAUCAACAAUGUUACCAACUUGUUCAUGGCAACGAAAUAAUUGUCAUAGAUGAUACUGACUCCGACAGCGACGGAACCGAACCACUAGGAACAAACAAACUCUCUAUAACCGUGUUUAACACAGGUUCAUCGUCAAAUCAAGAAUCUCCUUUCCCAACAAACAGACUCAUCAUUUCGGACGAGAUAAACGAUGUUGCAUUAGACUCCGAGUACAUUCCUCAACCCAACGUGUCUAACGAUUCACCAAUGGAAUACUAUGAAGGGAUUCCCGUCCAAUUUACUGUGGAUGAAGAUUUGGUUGUUCUCGAGCCAAGUUACCGUCUAGUUGAUGAUGGCAUUAGUUUUUGGGAAGGAGUUAUUGCAUCAGAAAAAUGA